AUGGCUAUCUCAAAACCAGUCAGUUCUGGCGUCGAAGUUGGGCCUGAAGAUACUACGGGUGACGAUAUGACUGCAGGGAGACGGACUCCCUUUGAAUUUACGUCGGAAUCACAACUGGGGGUAGAGAUAUCGGAUGAGAGAACGACAUUACUAUCCAGUGGCCCAGAUGAAGUUGAGGCAGAUGAUUUCUCUUCCUUACCCUGGUGGAAACGGCCUUCCGUUCUAUGGCUGCUGCCUCCGCUUCUUCCGUUUACCCUUGCCUUUGGAGGAGUCGCAGUCCCAAAGAUCAACCUCAUGCUCACGCUGAUUUGCCGGGAAUAUUUUUCUGAUCGUGCGGCGAAAGACUCUACGUUCACCUAUACUCCGGUAAUAUUUGGAACGGAAAACCCACAAUGCCGGACGCCAGAGGUACAUGCACUGGUCUCUAGGCUCCAACUCGUGAUGAACCUCAUCGCUGGUAUCCUCUCGGCAGUGGUAAGCCCGAAAUUAGGUGUGUUAUCUGACGGGUAUGGCAGGACGAAAAUUAUUGGAUUAUGCACCCUAGGCACAGCCCUUGGUGAAGCAGUCACUGCACUUGUCGCAACAUUCCCUAAUUCCUUCUCCGUGAACUUCCUCCUUCUAGGAGCUGUUUUUGACGGAAUGUUUGGAUCCAUCACCGCAGCCGUGGCAUUGACGCAAUCUUAUGCUGCGGAUUGUACGCCUGCUAAUAAACGAAAUGUUUCCUUCGGGUAUUUCCAUGGUGUCUUGUUCAUCGGCAUUGCGCUUGGCCCACUUGCUGCUAGCUACCUUAUCAAAAUGACCGGAGACGUUCGAAUCGUAUUCUACGCCGUUGUAGCUUGCCAGAUCAUAAUGCCUAUAUUCAUCUCCUUCAUCGCCCCAGAGUCACUGACGAAAGAGCGCCAAAGGCGUAAUCGAGAGAAGAGGGACAUAAAGCCUCUGGAUAUUAAUAAAUUUUGCCUGCAAGACUUCAACCCUCUCAACCUAUUAAAACCUCUAGCCGUCCUUUUCCCGCUUACUGACAAGUCCAUCACUAAAACUACGGCCGGGAAAGCACGUUUGAAGUUGCUUCAACGAAAUUUGAUCAUUUUGGCGGCAAUUGACACGGCCUUAUUUGGAGUUACGAUGGGUACAAUGAGCACCCUCAUACUAUAUGUUGAAUAUAUGUUUGGGUGGGGUAAUAUUGAGUCCAGCUUAUUCGUCUCAGUGGGAAGCACAGUCAGGGUUAUCGUCUUGCUGGGUGUCCUACCUCUUCUUACUCGAUGGGUCCGGAACCGACGCUACAUUAACAUGAGCGAGUCUCAUACGAACUCUGGAUCAGACAAGUUGGAUAUUGGAAUUAUCAGAGUCUCUAUCCUAUUUGAAUUUUUGGGGUAUACGGGAUAUUGUUUUGUCAAGACCGGCCCACUCAUGAUGCUUUGUGGCGCUCUCAAUGCUAUGAGUGCAAUGGCAUCUCCAACCAUCAAUUCAACCUUGACAAAACAUUUACCGCCAGAUAGAACAGCACCCACUAUACUCGGUUUAGUUUAUAGCUGGACAGUUGGGAAAAUGACGCAGGCCGUCUGGUAUAUCUCCCUGAAUCAUUGGUUGAAGAUUCAACAGGCCCGAGAAACGCUCAUUCCUCUACACAGCAUGAAGAAAGAAUAUAAAUACGUGCGAACAAUGUUUAAUUGGCAUAAUUAG